AUGAAUGUCCUUACCUACUACUUUAAAUCACCAAUAAAGAUGAUUUUGACAUUUCUCAUCGUUACAUCUUACAUACGAAGUCAUCCAACAGUAUGCAGAGAGCCAUCCACACUUCCCACCCUGACCAAUGACCUACUAACUCAAUCGGUAGCCAUUUUGCCAGGAGAAGAAGGGAUGAUUUUGAGGGGACUGAACAGCGUCGAAGAUUCUUUUAUCGACAUAACCCGCCAAAACAUUUCCAACCAUAGAAAUACUGGACCACAAGCUUGUUCAGUACAGUCUACAUGUCAGUGGCAUUUCGUUAAGAAUAUCGAUCCUAACAGAAAGCCAAAAACCAUUAUUGAAGUCCAGUGUAGCCAUUCAUGCUGUAGGAGAAGUGAAAGCACUUGCUGUGAUUUGAACAACGGACCCGGAUGUACUCGAUGCCAGCCUAUCUAUUUUUAUGUGCACGUCUUGAGACGUACAGGAUGCGACAUGAUAAAUAGAAGAUAUACAUAUGAAAACAAACUAGAGAAGGCUGUAGCUGGUUGUACCUGUGUCAGAAGUCCUAAUGUCCCUCGACCAAUUUUGCCAACGAUGCCGAUCUAA